GGAAGAAGGAGCGCAGUUUGAAGCUGAGUAAUAGUUUAGAAAUAAGGAAAGAGUUUAAAUAAAAUGGGUUCGAAUCGUUUAUUUUCUUAUUAGAGUCUAUUUUUGAACUCAAUAUUUUAUCCUGACUCUGAUUAUCAUUCUCCUCUAACAGACUCACACAGAGCGACUUUAUACCGCUUAAACCAGGUUCUUGGAGCUGCACGAGACUUAAUAAAAGUUCACUCUGGAGUGUAUAGAUAAAGCUUUAUCCUUUAAAGAUGGCGAGCAACGGGCGAGCAGGAUUUCCUAUCAGUGACAGCGACUCCAGUGACUCCAGUGACUCCGAGCAGCUCCCAGUCAUCGAUUUCUCCCAAAAACCAAAGACUUCAGUCUCCACACACUCUGCCACGAGUCGUCCGGUCUCGGCUCGGGCUGCCGGACAAGACGUCCUCACGGUCAGCAGUGACAGCGAGGAAGAAGAGGAGGAAUCGUUCGUUCCUUUGGCUGUCCGAUUAAAACAGAAAGCCGUAGCUAAAAUCACACACGAGAGCCAGAAGUCGUCCCUCACCGGAGGCGUGAAGGAGAAAACCUCGACUGCCCGGAGCGAUAAAGCUGUAAACGACGACCGCGGUCAUGGGAAGGAGACCGUCUCCAUCAGGGACGAGGACGACGGUGGGAUCCGAAGGCGUAAACGCACCCUGGAGGAGAUGGAGGCGAGCAGAGAGGAGGCGCUACGCAGAAAAGCCGAGCGGGAGAAGCAGAACGGAGAGAGGGAGCGGGUGAGGGCUGAGAAGAAAGCGCUGACGGAUGCUGUGAAGGCCAUGAGACCGGACGAGUGCAUCAAGCACGUGGUGGUGGUGGUGGAUCCUGGCCUCCUGCAGCUGGAGGGUGGUGGUGAUCUCCUGACCUCACUUCACACCUUGGGAUGCAGCUGUGCUAUUGAGAAGCAGACGCUGCCCCGGAGUGUGUCCUGGCUCAGACGGACACCGUGUCCUCAGACCGGAGAAGUGCGGUCUGUCCCAGAAUCCCUCGCGGUGCUCCAGGUCCAGCUUGAUGACUUCAUCAGCCUGGUUCACGGUUCCACUCAGGAGAAGAGGGGUGAUACUGGAGCCAGCGACCGUGUCAUGACCCUGACUGCUUGGGUUCUCCGUCUCAUGGCGAGGAACGCAGACAGAACCCUGAGUCUGGCCGUGAUCGACAUCGAGAAAUUCUUUAAGAGUCAGAGCGCUAAGGGGCGGCAAAAGUUUCGAGACGCGGUCCUGGGGGACGAGACGAAGAAGAGGAAGAGGAAAGACCUGGAGCAGCUUCCUGAAGUCUCUCGGGUGGAUGUGGAGGAGGCUUUAGUUGAGCUCCAGCUGCACACGGGGGUCCAAGUGCAUUUUUACUCAACAUGGAAGGACUUCACUAAUUAUGUUACCAUGUCAACCAAGGCAGUAGCUGAAGCACCGUUCAAGCGUGAGCGGGAGAAGACAGGCUUUAGUUUUUGUCUGGAGAGCGAGUGGGCAGGUGGUCAGAAGGUGGAGCGUGCAGGGAAAGGACUUCUGCAGGUCUGGAAGAGGCAGAUCCAGCAGCUGAACCGGGUCAGCGCCGACAUGGCUACGGCCAUCCUCAGCGCUUAUCCCUCACCUCAGCUUCUUACUCAGGCGUACACACGCUGCAAAUCGGACCGAGAAAAAGCGGCUCUGCUGUCGGACAUCCCGAUCCGUCGCGGUGAAGGCGUGACGUCGACAACACGCAGGAUCGGCCCAGAGCUCUCCAAGCGAAUCUACCUUUUAAUGACGUCAUCAGACCCUCAGCAGACGCUGGACUCCAUGGCAUAAAUAUUCCCUGUAAAGAAGCAGGAUCUUUUUUUUUUAUGUUGAAUUGUUUGUGUUCCUUUCAGCGUUUGUUUUAUCUAUUCUCUUUUAUGCAUUUGUUAUUAAAUGUUUUC